AUGGCAGUAGUACAGGCCGCCAGCGGGUUCGCUGCAGCACUCAUCAUCAGUAAUAUUAUCAUCAGCAGCAUGAAACGCCGGCAGCCGGCUGGAAACAAAGCCCGAAAGCCCCCAUCCCCGCCGAAGCUGCCGAUCCUUGGGAACCUCCACCAAGUGGGCAAGUUUCCUCACCGAACUUUCCCUGGCUUGGCGAAGCGCUGCGGUGCCUCUGACCUCAUGUUGCUCCACUUCGGCAGCAGGCCGGCACUAGUGUAG